CAUUUCAUUUCAUGCGAAUUAUCAAUCAAAAGUGUCUUUUGUGGACAAAAUGUCUCCCAAAUGCGUGCAUGUGGAUAGGAUGGUUAAUUGUAUAUUUCUUUUUGUUACGUUAAGCACAGUUAACAAAAUGAAUGCAGCAGAGACCGCAGCGACUCUAGUACCGGAGACAACAGUGACCACAGAGGGACCAGUAGAAGAAUACAAUGAUACUAAUAUGUCUUACAACGCAAGCGCAAUACAUGUUACAACAAAAAAUGCUACAAACGAAGGUUACAAUGCACUAAUCAACAGUUUAACCCCGAAAUUUAAUAAAUCUUUUAUAUUAGCAAUCAACACGAACACAUCAGCAGGAAAACCAACGUUGAGGCACCACGUUGCACAUUUUUGCCCCAAUCUAGAUAUCGCUAGAGUUUGUAUUAGAAAAUGUAUGAAGUAUGGUACAUCAGCAUUCUGCGGGAAGGAUCAUAUAUGCUAUUGCGGACAUCGUUAUGGCAAUUUCGAUAGUUCGGGUGAAGUGAACGUUGAACUUGAUCCAGAACCUAACCCCUAUGAAGAUCUGUAUACUGAAUUCUUCGGACCAAAGACUAAACCUCCAACGACAACAACAAAAAGAACACCACUAUCACCACCAUCACCACCAACCACAACGCCUACAACAACAACAACAACUACAGAAGACCCGAGAGCACUAGAUAUCAUAGAAUGGAUUCCCGCUGACCCUACAACCGCUUCAAAUUACAGUGAAUGUGCUGUGGUAGCCGGGUACAGAGGAUCUGAUGGUGCUCCACAAAUAAUCAUCAGAGCUAUAGUGAACAACGCUCUGGUUCCUGGCAAUAUGCCUAAAAAAAACGAUAAUGGUUAUAUAGGUUGGGAGGGAGAGGUGCAUGCAGCGAAAACCUUUGAGUUGUGCUGCGUCAAAGACGAAACUAAAAUUUCUUGGAAAAGGUUUAUUGAUGGACAAUUACCAGAAAGAGCGAUAGAAGGUGGUUACACUGCUGAUGGAGUGAAACUGUAUAUUGGCAGGGCUGCCGUGCGGGGAGCGCUUACACCUGGAGCGGUGCAUCCUGACGAUAAAACAAUACAAUUAGUUUCUAGGGGUGAAGCAAUAACCUACGAAGAGUAUGACGUACUAUGCCGUGUAAAUUAAAUGUCAUUCACAUACAUACCUAAGCUCACUACGGAGGCCUGUCUCCCAUGGAGGUUGGCAGAGACUAUGGACCACCAAUAGGGAUGAUGACUGGGUCAAAAAUAAAUUAUCACAACUUUUCAAUACAAUAAAAUAUUCAAAAAUAAUAAUCACACUCUCAUUCAUAAAUUUGAUGAACUACUUAAUUUUCGAUUUUUUCUAGCUAAAUUUCUACAAAUAAGUCUGCUAUUUGACGUCAAAAACUUAUGACGUCAUAAUAGAGUAUUUCAUACAAAGUUCAUAGAAAAUAUCGUUUUUGACGUUUCGAAAAGUAUUGAAUUUGACUAGUAGGAAACUAGCCUAUUGCUACGAAUCUUACAUACCUCUUUCGCUUCAUCAACAAUCUUUUCAUGCAUGUUUGUCUGUUAUUUUUCACAACUAUUUAUUUAGCUUGCAAUGUCUUUCAACUACACAUAUAAAUCUCUUCAACCUCUUGUGCUGAAACGUUGUAUACAUAUUUAAUUUCCGUCAUCAUAAAUGUUUAGUUACAUAAAAGCUUGUUUUAA